AUGUCCGCCCAACCAGCCCCUCCAACCCCCAAACUAAUCUACCCAGCCCCCUUCCCCGGCCGCGGCGAACACAUCCGCCUCCUCCUCGAAGAAGCCGGCGUCCCCUACAUCGAAGGCACACUCCCAGAAUUCCAAUCCCUAAAAUCCCCCGAAAACCUCGGCGACUCAAUCAACACGCCGCUCUUCGCUCCACCCUUCCUCCAAUACGGCGACCUGACUCUAAGCCAAACCCCCAACAUCCUGCUCUUCCUGGCUCAGCAGUUCGGCCUAGCUGGAGAUCCACAAGAUCCCCACGCGGUGUACAGGCUCAAUGGACUUGCCUUGACGGCGCUGGAUGGGUUCAGUAAUGCGGUGCAUGAUUGUCAUCAUCCGCUAGGAGGGAACUUCUACUAUGAGGAGCAGAAGGGGGAGAGUUUGGUGAGGAGUAAGGAUUAUUUGAAGACGAGGUUGCCGCUUUUCUUGGGGUAUUUUGAGAGGGUGCUGAAGGGGGAGGCGAGUGGCGAGGGGCCUUGGUUGCACGCGGGAGAGUUUACGUAUGCGGAUUUGGUGCUUUUUCAGUGUCUUAGCGGUACGAGACACCAAUUCCCGAAAGCCAUCCAGAGAGCCGAGGACUCAGGCAACUACGACUUGGUCUUCAAGCUCUACAACGCAGUCCAAGACCGUCCUAGGAUCAAGGCAUAUCUGGAAAGUAAUCGACGACAGAAAUAUGGGAACGGUAUCUAUAGGCAUUACCCUGAACUUGACGUAGAUCCAGAGGAUGGAGAAUGA